CCACGUUCCGCAUUUAACAUUCGUCAAUAAGCCUCUCAUUCUAUACGUGUUGGGCCAUCUUAUACAUGUUCUCUCUGUCGAAUUGCGCAUUCGCUUUCUUCACGAAUUCCCAGUGGACUGCACGUUUUCUGCUGUCAUGAUUGCUUCUUCUUAGUCUCUCCAAAUGCCGUCUCCGCAACCGAAUGUAAAGAACUUCUCAUUGGCAAAGGCGAACCCUUACGAAACUACUUCGGUACGCGAUAAGAUUCGAAAAUGGCAGACGGCAGGAGGUGGAGUCCUCGAGCAGCCAGAGGAGGCAGCAACUGCGGACCAAGAUGCCAAAAGCGAAAAGAAGAGCGAAAAAAGUGGCAGUAGCAGCAGUAGCAAUACACAGAGCGGCAAAUCGCGCGCGUCGCCGUCGGCGCAUACCAGGUCUAAGAGUGAGAGUCACGUCGAAGUCGACGAUCCGCCACGAAUACAGAGCAGCGAACCCGACCAGCCAAAGACGCCAUCGCAGCUCUCUAAGUCCUCAGACAAACAGACUUCAAGCGAACCACCGAAACCACGCGUCGUCGAACGCAAGCCCAACGGCAUCACUGCGAACAAGCUCGACGCCGACGUUCGCAAGGCGAUAGCGCCAAAGAAACGCAUCGUCAGUGACGGUCACUGGCGACGAAAACAUGUUGAUCCCAAUGCACCCGUUUCUCCUCCAAAGAGCAGCCCUACAAAGAAAGAGCAGUAUGCAUGGGUUCGACCUCCGCUACUUGCACGCCCCUCUGUGAACGAUGAAUCGCCGCCCUCACCACCAAAACCGAAGCGCGACAGGGAACCGAUGAGAAUUUACACUGGGAAAGGAACAACAAAGCCAAUUGCCGCACAAAUUCACAGUCAAUUGUCCAUGCGGCCUAAGGAAAGUGUGCCAAUGAGACCAAAGUCACCGACAACGCCGCGACCAAGGCGACCUUCAACUUUGGAACGCACGCCUGAAUUGUACGACAGUGAAGACGACUCCCCACGAAAGCCCAAGGCACAGUCAAAUCAGAAACAAUCCUCCCUUGGCCCAUCCAAACUCUCAGAUGACGAUUUCACAAGUUCUGAGGAGAAAACACGGACCCGCCUCUCAAAAUCACGAAAAUCUGGAUCUGAGGGCCUGACGUCAGAGACGCCUCGGAGGCGUCGAAGUUUGAGCUUAGGAGCCAAUGCGAAUCAUACGACUCGAAGGCCGAGUUUGCAACGUAAAGUUGAUCAUCAUGAGAGUGCAGAUGAAGGCAGACGGAGACCGCAAAAGCAACAGCGAAGGUGGUCGCUCAGCGAGGAGAGCAAGUCAUCCUACGAGAGCUUCUCGCCUCCAAGACCGCCACGAGAGCUCAAUAAUUUCGAUGAAGAUGCGGAAAAGAGACGAUCAAAUUUCAGGGCUGAGUUCGCACAAUUCAAACCGUCCAGGUUGAAGAGACGUUCACAUCGAAAGCCGGCCAUGCGUCAAACCUCUCAUUCUCCUGAGCCGAUAAAACGAAGAAACGAAACGAUCGCGGAGCCCAUCCCACCCCAAAGACAGACUUCGCAGAGAAUUGAGGCGUGGCUUACAGAGACACCCGACCCAUUUGAUGAAAACAAAAAGGCCAACUCAAGACGCGCAUUUUCGUUCGAAACGAACGGUCGUGGUACCGCGACUGAUUCCACAAUCGAGACAGAGACUACGAUCACAGAGACUACGAUAACCGAGGUCACGGAAUCGACAUUGACAGACAUGACAGAAAGUACUAUGGCACCAAACAGAAUGUCCCGCAAAUAUGGGGGUGAUCGAAAAUCAAGUAACAGCAAACUGGCAUCUAACCGUCAUAUUCGCGCAAAGUCAGAGCCAAGUGACUACUUAGACCCCCAGAUUGAAGUCGAGUACUCAUCUACAACGUCGGUACCUACGUUAAAAAGGAGAGGUGCUAAAUAUGGUACAUCAUCACCGAGCAGUAAAGUGCGAAGUAAACCACCGGCCACUGAAUCGUCAUACACUGAGAGCUGCAUCACUGAAAGCGACGUCACUGAGUCUGUAGUCUCGUCCUCGAUUGACCCUCGAGAUUUCAGCAAGCCGGGAGAAAAUCAAUCAUUGAAUGUGGCUCGACGGCUGUUUCCAUCAACGGGGAAAAGGUUGUCAACGAUUGCAUCGGUGGAGACGUUGGCUACAAAGUCACAAGAUUUAUCAAAUAAUGCUCCGGAAGCGGUUCAUCAAAAGCCUGAAGAUUCGAAGGCCUCAUUGGUUGUGAAAUCUGCGCCCGCUGAGGAUGUGAUUACAGCCCUUCCCAACUUUACCAACGGCAGCGUAGUAUCUGCAGCACAUAGCAGAUCUAGUUUGAGGAGGAAGAAGACUGCGACACACGCAGAUCUCAUGACAGUCUUGUCGAUGCCCGCGUCGCGCAGCAAGAGCAUAGUAUCGGCACGAAGUAUCCGGACGCACAGGAGCAGGCUAGAGACCGCCACGCUCGAGGACCUGAUGAGAGAACUCGCAUCAGACGAGAUGAAAUAUAUGCGUGAACUACGCACUCUAGCUGACGACGUCAUUCCUAUUCUGCUGAAGUGCGUGCUAUCCAAAUCAGAAGAAGCUGUCGCGGCCGGAUUAUUCAAGGAUCGCCCUGUGUCGGAGAAAGACGCCAUCUCUGAAGCUUCGAGGGUCAUCCACGAUUUAAGCGUAUCGAUCCAAAGACUGAAGAGCUUGCAUAUGCGUAUACCGAAAGAAAAUCACUUUUCACUCCUGAUUUGGGCGCAAAGUGCACAGAGCGUGUACGACAGGUACAUAAAGACGUGGCGUCUGGGCUUUCAGGGCAUUAUCGUGAACGUUCAGCAAGAGGAGUCCACCGCCUCGGCGGUAUCUGCGCCUACUUCCGACAAUGGCAGUGGCUUAGGAAUGGCACGCAAUGAAGAAGGUGACAUCAUCGAUGCCAACGGAGAGCGGGUUGAUGUAGCAUAUCUCCUCAGGAGACCUCUCGUGCGACUCAAGUUUUUGCACAAAACUUUGAAAGGAAUAAACAUUAAAAAGCCGUCUGAGCAGGCUGGUGUACUUGCAAAGAAGUUUGAGGCACUAGUGGAGAUGGCAAGGAAGAGAGUAGAUGACGAGAAAGCGCGCAUGGAAGAUGAUGCUGCAGCACAUAUCGAUGCAACGAGAGCUCGAGAUCCGAAGAGCCUUGCUCCUUUGGCAGGCGUUAAGAUUGAUGCUACGCGUUCUGUCAGAGGGAGGGACAUAUUUGACAUGCACUUGCCACACUCCAGUGGGCAAACGAUGGACUGUCGUGUUGAGUUAAUAAUUCGUGACGACGCUCCUGGACGAGGCCAGAGUGGGGAUGUGCUCAUUUGUGAAGUUGAUGAAUCAGGGCGAUGGCUCCUAUUUCCCCCGGUGGAAUUGAAGCGGAUAUCUUCUCGUGCCGGAGACGAGCCCGGCCAAAUCGUGGUGAUGAUUAGAGGUGUCAGCUCUUCUCAUGAGGAAUGGGAUGAGGUCUUUGCACUGACGACUGACGAUGAAGAGAUUCGAUUCGAGUGGAUUCAAUGGCUUGGCCUUGUGCCGGUUCCACCGCCAUUGGGUAUAAAUAAGACUUUCAAGGAUCAGGAAGCCAGGCCAACAAGCAGUCAUGCCUCGAGCUCGUUGGUUUCGUCAAGAACGGAGUCUACUGCGCCGUUAAAGAGCAGGACACCAAGUCCCAGGGAGAUCGAGAUACCCAUUGGCGAGCGUGCUACUUCUGGAGCGAAGAGAUGGAGCAAGGAGAUCACUUCACCUCGUAUGGAUGGAUCAGACAUCUCGUCAUUCUUGUCGAGCUUGGACAGUGAGCGAGCUACACUUUUCGAAAAGCGAGCUCAAAACUCUGAUACGGGAUCAUAUACUUCUGUGUCCUCACGUGCCGAGAGUGAUGUUAGAACAGAUAUUACGCCGCCCUCUGAACCGAAGCACUCGAGCAGUAGGCACUCGACUCCACGGAAUCUGAAUGAAGCAAUGGAAAUGGCUGGCAGCGGAUCGCCGACACUUAAAAGAACCAGAGCAAAGCGAUACCGAUCUUCCCCUGAGAAGAUUUUGGGCAAACAUGCGGCGAAAGAGACAACUAAAAUUACCGUUUCAGGUCAACACGAGCCAUUAGCAACACGGCCGAAGCAGACUAAGAGCAUAAAGAAAGCCUCACGUAGCGACGACUACAGUGUCUGGAUCCCUAAUUCGGAACCGAAAGACGAUUCCGAAUCAGAUGUUAGUGACGAGGACUCUUUUACAUCAACCUACCUGUCAGGACACAUGCCACUACAUCACAGGACCAGUUCUGUUCCAUCACUGAAAUUGCCGAGUGUUCGAAAGAUGAGGAGCUCCAAACCUGAAGAUGAAUAUAUGUCUGGUGCUUUACAGCCGGAACCGACAGUCAAGACGCCAACAAAGCCUGCUACAUUGGCGAAAGAACCACUUUCAGCUCCUCCAAAGCUUGAGAGACUGUCCGAGUCACCUGCCAAACCUGCUGCCGUAUCUCUUGCAGUAGACACCCCUCCUCCGCCGCCCCCUCAUCGCACACCAAGUUCUUCACAGGUCAAACUCCCACCAGCUCCACAAUUCACGCCAAUUCCCCAAGUUAAGCGUCGGUCCUCGUCGCCAUUGAAGCAUGAAUAUAGGCCGUCAUCCCCGUCAUCAGAGUCCUCUUAUACGGAAGACGAAGAUUCUGCUUCUGAAUACUCCCAAGACUCCCUCUCUUCGGAGUCUGAAGAUGAUCUUGAAGAUGACGACGUUGCUAGCACUUUUGUGUCGUCUGUGGUGUCGCCCAGAGAGCCAGAGAAGCCUUCUGAUCUGUAUUCGCUACCAAAUGGGACAAUCAAGCCGUCCGAAUCAGCGUCUCAGGCUCCGUACAGAAAGGUGCCGCAUACCGUCAGCGGGGAUGCUAAACCGGCGAAGUGCGUGGCUAGCAUAUUCACUUGGUCGGAAAAGGGGCACUGGGAGCUUCUGCAUCCAAAUGACUGCAUCGUCAUGAUCACACCUGGGCUCAUUGCUGCCUAUCCUCUGAAUACUUCGCAUGCGCCAGAUUCGGUACCGGAGGAACGGCCACUCGUAGCACAGGAACUCACACCUCUGGUUCCUCUUCGGAGAGGCACAUUGCUUGAUAUCACUAUUCGUUCCCCACCCACACCGGCUUCACGGCUUACUCCAGGCUCUAACAUUAUGUUCAGAUCCCGGAGCAGUGACGAGUGUGAGAUGCUCUACAACUUGAUAAACCGCUCACGAAUCAACAAUCCAACAUACAUUGCGCUACAGAAUGCAAGGCCCCCUGUGUCUGAUGGUUGGGCUGCGGCUAUGGAUCGCCAGAAUAGCCAACGUGGCAACGGCGGCUCAGGAGGUUGGCUGAGUCGCAGCAGGAGCUAUCGCGCCUCUUCGAGAGCACAGAGCACAGCGGGUAACACCGAGUCCAGCAUCGGCACAAUCUCAUCCGUUAUCACAGCCAUGAAGCGGUUCUCGGGCGCCGGCGUCAUCUUGGACAAGGCGCGCUCACGAAUGUCUAUAUCGCGAGAUGGCUCAGACUCGCUCGGCUCCGGCGGCUCAGGAACCCGUUCUCCGCCUCAAUUUGUUGCCGAUCAGACCUUGCUUAGUGGUGGUGCGGGUAUUUCUAAUGCCAAAAUCCGCUUGUACGUCCUACAGUCCAAGAAUAAGUGGGUUGAUUUAGGAAGUGCCAGGCUAUCCAUCCUGCCCAAGGAAGAAGGUGCGGUCAUUGCUGCCCCCCUGAUGCUGCAUACUGGCCAAGAGAAGAGGAUUGCAAUUACGAAGAAGAAGACUGCAGAGUGCUUGCUGGACGUUACGUUGCCAGAGCCUUGCUUUGAGCGAUGGGCUAGGACAGGUAUUGGUGUAAGCGUUUGGGUCGACGUAAAAGGGAACGGCGGCGAGGGUAUACCGGAGACGGGCGGAGUUACAGAGAAACGCGUUGUUAAGUACAUGAUUCAGCUUAAGAGUGAAAGGGAAUGUGCUUACACUUUCUCGUUGUUGGGUAAGCUGCGAUAUUGAAUUAUCUGCAGUAGUGCAAAAGGCGUCGUGUCUAGGCGCCGUAGCUCCUUAUUCGAGGGAACUGCUGCUAUCUUAUUCCACGAUAAAUUCUGACUUUUGGGACUUUUUUCUCUAUCAUGAUAUCCAAUGCUUCUUUCAUGUCACAAGCAACACUGCCCUGCCUGGCUGGAUUUCGAACUUCUUGUACGACUAUAGACCUACAUUUCGAUUUUCUAAAGAAAUAAAUGAAUAGACGUCUAAUUUGUG